AUGCUGCUGCGGGUGCGCGCUGCCGUGGCGCAGCUGACGGCGGGGCUGGGCGCGGGGCCGGGCGCGCAGCUCCCCGCAGAACCGCGGGGCGGCGGGCCCGGGGCCGGCCGGGAAUCGCCGCCGCCAGCCGCGUUCUGCCGGCCGGCCUUCCUGCAGCUGACUCCCGAGGAGCUGCGCCGCGCCGACGACCACACCGGGCGGGCGGUGCAGAGCCCCCGCGACGGGCGCCGCCGGCUGCCCUGGAGCACGGGAUACGCAGAGGUGAUAAAUGCAGGGAAGAGCCAGCACAACGAGGACCAGGCAUGCUGUGAGGUGGUGUUUGUGGAGCAGAGGCCCAGCCCCAGGGGCUGCCUGUCGUCCAGGGAAGGCAGCGGGGAGCUGGAUGGGGGCAGGAAAGGUUUUUAUUUCCACUACUGGGCGUUGUUUGAUGGCCAUGCAGGCAGCGGUGCUGCUGUCAUGGCCUCCGAGAGGCUCCACCUGCACAUCUGUGAGCAGCUCCGGGAGCUCGUGGAGAUCCUGCAGGACCCCUCCCCGCCUCCCAUCUGCCUCCCACACGACACACAGACCGGUUCUGCAGACCCAAACCAGAUGUCCAAUGAAGAGGAUCGUGGGGAGGUCCCGAACGAUGCUGUGCCACGGUUUCACCUGGAGAAAGCAGUGUCCCAUGAGAGCCUGGUGAUUGGUGCCAUUGAGAAUGCCUUCAAGCACAUGGACGAGCAGAUCAGGCGGGAGCGGGCGUCCCAGCACCUGCCAGGGGGCUGCUGUGCCCUGGCUGCCAUCUACCUCAUGGGCAAGUUCUACGUGGCCAACGCUGGUGACAGCAGGGCCAUUAUCAUCCGUAAUGGGGAAAUCAUUCCAAUGUCCAGGGAGUUUACUCCAGAGACAGAGAGGCAGAGGCUGCAGUUUUUAGCACUGCUAAGGCCCGAGCUGCUGGGGAAGGAGUUCACCCACCUGGAGUUCCCCCGCAGGAUCCAGCCCAAGGACCUGGGGAAGAAGAUGCUCUACAGGGACCAGAACAUGAAUGGCUGGGCUUACAAAAAGAUAGAAGAGGAUGACCUGAAGUUUCCACUUAUCUUUGGGGAAGGCAAAAAGGCUCGGAUGAUGGCCACGAUCGGGGUCACAAGAGGCCUGGGAGACCAUGAUCUCAAGGUGUUCAACUCCAACAUCCACAUCAAGCCUUUCCUGUCCUGCUUCCCAGAGGUCAGGGUUUAUGACCUGACGCAGUACGAGCACUGCCCUGACGAUGUCCUGGUGCUGGGCACCGAUGGGCUCUGGGAUGUCACCAACGACAAGGAGGUGGCUGGUGUGGUGAUGGAGGUGCUGACCAACUAUGAGCCCAACGACCCGUGCAGGUACACCAUGGUGGCCCAGGAGCUGGUGGUGCGCUCACGGGGGGUGCUGAAGGAGCGUGGCUGGCGCCUGGCCAAUGACAAGCUGGGCUCUGGUGAUGACAUCUCUGUUUUUGUGAUCCCCCUGGGUGGCCCCGGCAACUACACGUGAUGCUGAAUGAGCCUGGGGCAGCUCACCAGGGGAUGGAGACACCGUGCAGUGGGACACUGAGGCUGCCUCAGGGCCACAUCUCCUCUAAGCACUUGUUUUUGAGCCAGCUGCAAGAAGAGCAAGAAACCUGGAGCUUCAGUCUGUGCUCCUGUCCAGAGCUUCCCCCUCCACGUGCUUGCAUCCCAGUCCCAGGUGGAGAUGGUGAGGCCUUGGAUAGAGUGUGAACACUGGGGUUGAGGGAUGUCUUCAUGCUGCUACUUUCUCAAUGCUGUGAAAAACCUGAAGGCUCCUUGGCUCCUCAGCAUGUCCUUUGCCUCUUGCCAUGGCUGUGCUGUCUGCAGCCCUGUGUGACAGCCAUGGGGCUGCUGGGGCACUCAUACCUGCUGCAGUCACCCCCUGUCUCCU